CCGUACUCGUUCUGUACCUGUUCCAUCCGUUAGGAAAAAACAACGUAUUUUAAGCCAUGACUUGGUCUCAAAAACGUUUUCUCUUCGAGUUUCGCCAAACCACCACAUCUCCACACUCGCCAUGUCUCCAUCACUGCCUAAUCUCGAUCAUUUAUCAACGAGGACGCCCUCCAAGCAGCUGGCAGACGUCUUGGAGGAGGCACUGCAGAAGGAGGGAGGUGUCCUGCACGGGGCGUCCUUGUUGCGAGCGAAACCAAGUGCGUGGUAUGUUCUCCUGAAGGCCCCUUUCGCUGACGCUAAAACGAUGCUGUUGAACGCCGAAAAACAAAGCUUUAUUGUCCACAUAUGCUGCACGAAACGAAAAUCUCCUUAUGUGAGUAAAAAAAGGAAUGCUCAUAUGGACAAGCUGAGAAAUGUCUGUUUCAAAAG